UGUCCAGAUAACUUUAUGAAUAAUCUAUUUCUAGAUAAAUCACACGGAUGCAUAUACCAGCUAGUGUUGGAAAAUUGGCAAUAAGAUUAAUAUAAAUUUUAGAUAAAUAGCAGGGGUCCAAGUACCCUGUUUCCAAACAAAUCACCAGACUGGCAUGCGCCUUGGACUUGUAUCAGUUUGGAGUUAGCGAAGGCCCAUGACAAGCAUGAUGAGUUCAUCCCUAUCACGCCCUUAAGAUGACAGGAAUUCAAGAGACUCAAGAGUAGAUGCAUAGGUAGGUUGCAUUAGGAUAGUUGGGAUACUGAUAACAGAGAAGAAUGCAUCAGGGUAUUACUCUCUCACAUUCAAAAUAUAUGUCAUUUAGGAUACAGUACGGUACUCCAACUAGCAAGUUGUACUCCAAAUAGUAGGGGAAACACCUUACUGUGUGGUAUUUGUACUAGACUUUAACCCUCUAAUUUUUUUUUCCAAGAACGUGCCAGGAAAUUUAGAGUAUCUUGUCUACUGACACUUUUACUAGCGAUUUCUGCAAGAAAAUGUUAGCCCGGAUAAAGAUUCUUGUGUACCGUGGAAAUUUUACCUGACGGAUCUAGUGACACCAAUCCUCCGUACUUAAUUUUGCACAUAGAGAGGAUUUGACAGAAGAGAGAACAAAACAACUGACAUUUUGGAUGGCAUCUGCUUGUGUGUGGGGGUCAAAAUUAGAGCUCCACCCCCUGACUGAACUGAAGGUGAGAGAAUUUGGGGUCGGCAAAAACAACGAACGGUGGAACCAAGGAAGGAGAAGAAGAAGAAGAGUGUUUUUCACGGAGCAAGGAAGGCAAAAAGUGGCCCAGGAGUCUGUUUGGUUCACUGAUCCAAAAUUUUUGCCAUAAGGAAUUUUACAUGCGUGGUAUAUUAAAUGAAGUUUAUUUACAAAAUCUUUUCACAAAUGAAUGUAAUUUGACGCAACGAAUCUAAUGAGCCUAAUUAAACUAUGAUUUACUACAGUGGUGCUACAGUAACCAUCCAUUAAUUAUAUAUUAAUAUAUCUUGUUAGAUUCGUCUCGCAAAGUAGCUCAGAGUUCUGCAAUUAGUUUUAUAAUUAGAUUUUAUUUACUACUCUAAAUGGUGAGGUUUUUUAUCUAAAAUUUAGAUAAAAAAACCAAGCAGGCCGCAGAUGGGGGAUGGCUCGGCGAUCCCAAAACCCCGCGAGCAAGGCCCAGCCAAACCCUGACUCCAAAAGCGAGACAGAGGACACGGCCGUGACGGGGAGUGCCGACAAAGAAAGGGGCCGGCCGUCCUCCUCGGCGGCGCCGGCGUCUUUGGAUCCUCCGGCCGCCGGACCCGCCUUAUUUCCCUCUCCACCUGCUCCGCGUCCUGCCCUGCCAGCCGGCUGCCGCCCUGCUGCAUUGCGCACACUCGCAGGUUUCAGACUCCCAACUCCCAAGACCUCUGCCAAUCAGUAUCGAGUAUUGACACUACAUAGUUUGGAGAAAUAUAAGUAGUGUUUUAGAAAUAUGAAUCCGUAUUUCUUUGGUUUCCUUCUCCCCUUUGUCGCAUCUCUACUGCUCACCAAGAGGAAAUCUGAGAAGAAGAGGGGAGUACCGGUCAAUGUGGGUGGAGAGCCCGGCUGCGCUGUCCGUAACCACGGAUUUGAAAGGCCCAUCGAAACGCACUGGGAAGGGGUUUCCACGCUUGCUGAGCUAUUUGAGCAGUCAUGCGAGCAGUUCGCCUACAUGCCCCUGUAUGGCACCAGGAAGCUCAUUGCGAGGGAGUUGGAAGUGGCUCCUGAUGGAAGAUCCUUUGAGAAGCUCCAUUUGGGGAACUAUGAGUGGAAAAGCUAUGCUGAUGCGUUCAAGACUGUGUGCAACUUCUCGUCUGGCCUACUGAGACUUGGGCACCUCAAGGAUGAGCAUGUUGCUAUUUUUGCUGAUACUCGGGCUGAGUGGCAGAUUGCAUUGCAGGCGUGCUUCAGACAAAACAUUACAGUUGUCACAAUCUAUGCCUCUUUGGGGGAGGAAGCGCUAUGUCACUCACUAAAUGAGACUGAGGUAAGUACUGUUGUCUGCGGACGGAAAGAACUGAAAAAGCUGGUUGAUAUAAGUGGGCAACUUGACACUGUGAAACAUGUCAUCUACAUUAAUGAGGAAGGUGUCUCAACUGAAGUAUCGUUGGCUGAAAAAUGCAAUAGCUGGACUGUUAAGUCAUUUGAGGAGGUAGAGAGCUUAGGACUGGAAAGGCCUGUUGAACCAAACUUGCCUCUCCCAUCAGAUACUGCAGUGGUUAUGUAUACAAGUGGCAGCACAGGAAUGCCUAAGGGAGUCAUGAUGAGCCACCGAAAUGUCUUGGCUGUAGUUUCAGCUGUUACGACCAUUGUGCCUGAUCUUGGCAAGAAGGAUGUGUACUUGGCAUACCUGCCACUAGCACAUAUACUUGAAUUGGCAGCUGAGGCAAUCAUAACUGGUGUUGGGGCUUCAAUAGGAUAUGGAUCACCAUUGACCCUGACUGAUACAUCCAAUAAAAUAAAAAAGGGGACCCAAGGUGAUGCUUCUGCACUAAAGCCAACACUAAUGACUGCUGUGCCUGCUAUACUUGAUCGUGUUCGUGAUGGUGUACGAAAGAAUGUAGAUGCAAAAGGUGGGUUAGCAAAGAAAUUAUUUGAUAUCGCCUACAGCCGUCGUCUAGCUGCUGUUAAUGGAAGCUGGUUGGGUGCAUGGGGACUCGAGAAGCUCUUGUGGGAUAUGCUUGUCUUUCAGAAGGUUCGUGCAAUCUUGGGAGGAAGGAUUCGCUUUAUCCUUGCAGGGGGAGCACCUUUGUCAGGGGACACACAGAGAUUUAUCAACAUAUGUCUUGGGGCUCCAAUAUCGCAAGGAUAUGGCCUGACUGAAACUUGUGCUGGUGGGACAUUUUCAGAGUAUGAUGAAACGUCUGUUGGCCGUGUUGGUCCUCCUCUGCCUUGUUCAUACAUUAAGUUGAUAGACUGGGCCGAAGGUGGAUACUUAACAACUGAUUCACCAAUGCCUCGGGGUGAAAUAGUUAUUGGAGGUCCAAAUGUAACUAAAGGCUACUUCAAAAAUGAAGCAAAAACAAAUGAAGUCUACAAGGAUGAUGAAAGAGGCAUGCGGUGGUUCUACUCUGGUGACAUUGGGCGCCUGCACCCAGAUGGCUGUAUUGAAAUCAUUGACCGUAAGAAGGACAUUGUCAAACUUCAACAUGGUGAAUAUGUAUCUCUAGGAAAGGUGGAGGCAGCUUUGAGUGUGUGCCCAUAUGUUGAUCAGAUCAUGAUCCAUGCUGACCCCUUCCACAGCUAUUGUGUCGCACUUGUUGUAGCUGCACACAGCGAGCUGAAAGGCUGGGCCUCAAAACAAGGAAUCACAUAUAGUGAUUUUGCAGAUUUGUGUCAGAAGCAAGAGACUGUCAAAGAAGUCCUUCAAUCUUUGGCAAAGGCUGCUAAGCAAGCACGACUGGAGAAGUUUGAGAUCCCAGCCAAAAUCAAGCUCAUACCGGAGCCAUGGACGCCAGAGUCAGGCCUUGUUACGGCCGCCCUCAAGCUCAAGAGGGAGAUCAUCAAGAAGGCGUACGAGAAGGACCUUGCUCAGUUGUACUGCUAGUGUCGCUGCUGCUAGCCUCUCUUAAGGAUAUAAAGUGUUUGUUGGUCGCGACAACAGAAUGUUCCAGUUGUAGCAUGUUUUUGAGGAGACAACUGCUGAAGGUGGUGAGAACUGAAAGUGAGAGAGAGCAGGUGAUUCAGUCGCCAAUAAUGUCAGUGUUUCCCUGAACGUCAGGAGGAAACUAUACUCGGGAGUUUUUGUUUUUUGAUAAUUAGAAGAAUUGAGGAUUCCCUCGCACCUAAGAGCAACUGUUCAUUAGCAGCACGCUAUGGUAGUCUUUGUUGAAUUUUUCACUGCCAUGAUCCCCAUAAAUUUUACAGUGUUGGACAAGGACACUAUGA